AUGCCGACUACUAGUAAACUUCAAUCCAAUCUAGGAGAGAAAUCCGUUGAUCAUAAAUUAUACAGAUCAAUGAUCGAAAGCUUGUUGUACUUAACAACAACAAGGCCAGACAUUGCCUUCAGUGUCGGAUGUUGUGCCAUAUUCCAAGCGGAUCCUAAAGAAUCACAUCUUAAAGUCGUGAAACGUAUCAUAAGAUAUGUUUGUGGUACUGUAGACUAUGGUCUAUCAUACUCUAUGGAUACAAACAAUAGUUUAUUUGCCUAUUCGGAUGCUGACUGGGAAGGAUGUGUGGAAGAUCGAAAAAGCACCUCGGGGGUUGUUUCUAUGUUGGUCAAAACCUUGUUGCGUGGCAUAGAAAGAAACAGAACUCACAAUCCCUAUCAACCUGUAAGGCAGAAUACAUUGUUGCUGGUACAUGCUGUACCCAGUUACUAUGGAUGA